AUGCAGCCCAAUGCGACGGUCUUGGUUGAUAAAAAAGGCCUCAAGCAGGUCGAAGGCCUGCUGGCACCCAUUUGCCUGUCUUCGUCCAAAGCCAAGAAGCGGCAAUCGGGCCUUGACGAGGAUCACCAGCAACAGAAGGGCUCCUAUAAGACGCUUGAAGAGCUCAACGAUGACCUGGCGUUCUUUGAGUUCUUCAAGCUGCAGGAGGGCUUUGAGUGGAACAUUGCGCAGCGGCUGCUCGAUACGCUCGACCGGCUGCUGUCUCGCGGCAGCGAUGGGCAGAACGACCUGUUGAUCCUCAGCACGCUCGACCUGACGCAGGGCGUGCUUCUGCUGCACCCGCCUAGCAAGCUUCUCCUCGACCUCCUCGAACCCGUCAACUGCCCAGCCAUCCAGUCGGCCACGCUGCUCACCCUCGUCGUGGCGCUCAUCGACACGCCCCAGAACACCCGCGCCUUCGAGGCCCUUGAUGGCCUGCUGACGGUUACGUCCAUCUUCAAGUCACGGUCGACGUCGCGCGAGGUCAAGCUGAAACUGGUCGAGUUCUUGUACUUUUACCUCAUGCCCGAGACGCCGUCCAUUCCGCGGGCAGACGCGCGGGAUUCGAUGCCGGCGAUGCUGCAGCGCAGCCCGAGCAAGCUGGCCAAGGCCUUUGGGGGCGGCGGGAACAGUGCAUCGUCUGGCCGCAAGCGGCGUGGCGACGACGAGACCGACUUUAUGCGGACAACCGAGGACAAACAGGCGCUGCUGGGGCGGCACCUGCACAACGUGGACGAUCUGGUGCGCGAUCUGACGGCUCACACGCCCUUUGGCGGUGUCGUGUGCUGA